AUGGGAGAAACGGCAUACCAACCCAAGACAUUCAAUUCCUCCAAGUUACUUCCCCUCGUGUACCCCGGCAUCAAUGGAGACAGCGAUGAUGCCGAGCAAUGCAUCCGUGAUUCGCUGGAGUACAUAGACGGGAAAGGGAAGAUCGUGCUGUGCGCCGUCGAAACCAUCAAAGACGUUGAUAAGGGCAGGCAGGUCUACAGAGAAGGAGCAGCAGGAAUGAUACUCAUGGACGAUAGCCGUGGUGAUCCUCAUGCGGAAGGCCAUGUCCUUCCGGUCUCCUACGUGAGCUUUGUGGACGGCGAGAAGAUCAAAAGCUGCAUUCGUUCCAUGAAAGAUUCUACUCCUAAUGCAACAAUCGUUUUCAAAGGCACCCAAUUCGGGUAUCGACCAUCGCCAAUGGUCGCCACCAUUUCCUCGAGAGGCCCGAACUUCCUCAACGGCGGCAUCCUAAAGCCCGACGUCCUAGCGCCCGGCGUGAACAUUCUGGGUGCGUGGCCACGCGCCGUCGGGCCCAAUCCUUCCGAACUCGCCAUUGCCACGUUCAACAUUAAAACUGGCACGUCGAUGGCCGCGCCUCACGCGUCUGGAAUCGCGGCUUUGAUCAAGAACAAACACCCAAGUUGGUCACCUGCUUACAUCCGAUCAGCCAUAAUAACAUCAGCCACCAGCCUUGACCUGGACGGGAACCCGAUCGUCGAUGAGAACACUGGCUCCCCCGCCGACAUCUUCGACAUUGGUGCAGGACAGGUGAGGCCAUGGGCGGCCAUGGAUCCGGGCCUCAUCUACGAUCUCGAUGCCGGUGAUUACAUUGGAUAG